CAUAUGAAGAAAGGGAGAGAACGUAGACUGGUGCUGCUCCACACCGAACAGAGAUGACACAAACACAUUACCAGAGAAAAGGCUUCCACAAACAAAAGACAAUGCCCCAUUCAGCGAUCCCGGAGUGUGCGGUAGAUGAAAGGCACAUUUAGAUGGAGGUAUAAGAUUUAUCUUCUUAUUUAAUAAUGACUUCUUGGAUGCGAUGCAUAUUUCCUAUUCCUGUAUUAAGUGUAACCCUGCUGUUGUUAUAUUAUAACAACAGCCUCAUCAAGUGGAAAGCUUUCCAUAGGUUUAACGCAACUGAAGAAAGAAUCAUUUUACUGGAAGCUUGUGAUGCUCUUAUGAAUGGACGAAAAUCUCUAUUUGUACCUACAGCGACUAACGCCUAUGAAAAGUAUAACUGUCAGGAUUAUGUAAAGCACAGUCAUUACAUCACAGCUCCCCUUUCAGAAGAAGAGGCAGAUUUUUCUCUUGCUUACAUGAUGACAGUGCACAAGGAAUUUGAUACCUUUGAGAGAUUGUUCAGAGCCAUCUACAUGCCCCAAAAUAUUUACUGCAUCCAUGUGGAUGAGAAGGCAAGUGCAGAUUACUUUCAGGCAGUAGAGGAUUUAGUAAAUUGCUUUCCUAAUGCUUUUCUGGCCUCGAAAAUGGAGCCUGUGGUUUACGCUGGAAUAUCAAGACUACAGGCUGAUCUGAACUGCAUGAAAGAUCUGCUGAGAUCAGAGGUGCAGUGGAAGUAUGUGAUCAAUACGUGUGGACAGGAUUUCCCUUUAAAGACAAACAGGGAGAUUAUGCAACAUUUAAAAAAAUUUAAUGGAAAAAAUAUCACUCCGGGGGUCCUUCCUCCAGAUCAUGCCAUCCCCCGCACCAAAUAUGUCCAUCGUGAGGAUAUAGUACAUUCUUAUGUGCUGAGGACCAACAUUUUAAAGCCCCCUCCUCCUCACAAUAUCACCAUAUUCUUUGGGUCUGCAUAUGUUGCCUUAACAAGGGAGUUUACUAAAUUUAUUCUUGAAGAUCAGAGAGCCUUGGAUCUACUAAAAUGGUCUAAGGACACCUAUAGUCCAGAUGAACAUUACUGGGUGACACUGAACAGAAUACCAGAUGUACCAGGAUCUAUGCCAGAUGCACAAUGGGAAGGUGACCUCAGAGCAAUUAAGUGGAGAGACAUGACUGAUCAUGGAGGCUGCCAUGGCCAAUAUGUACGAGAUAUCUGCAUCUAUGGAACAGGGGACCUGCAGUGGUUAAUGAAUUCCAAUAGCAUAUUUGCUAACAAGUUUCAAUUGAAAUCUUACCCACCGACAGUGGAAUGCCUAGAACUGAAGAUCAGAGAGCGAGCUCUAAAUCAGAGUGAGGUCACCGCACUGCCUGACUGGUACUUGUAAGCAGAACACUGUGCACACAAAAACACCAUGAAGAAUUGAUAGAUAUGGAAAGGCAAUGAAAAAGUAAACAUCUUUAUUUUAACAACUGUCCUUAAAAGGCAAUUUGAGGGCAAGAAGCAGAUAUCUUCAAGCAACUUCCUUCAGACAUGAGUGAAACCAUAGCCUAAAUGCAUAUAUCAAAGGCAUGUAUGCCUGUAAUUAGAUUGUCCGUGACCCCAAUAAUGGAAAAAAUGCUUUAAUUUGCUGUCUGAAGAGUCAUGUCCAGAGCAACACCUCUCCCCACCUGCUUUCAUUGCCCUCUACAUCUUUGAUUGACAGCCAAGGCUCUCAGACCGCGCAUGUGCAGUGCAGCCACGGCGGCAGCCAACAAGCUAACCGAGUGUGCGCCGCAAUAUGGAUUGAUGGCGCAUGCGCAGGACUUUGCAAGAGCUUUGAGAGCCCUGGACAUUGACACGCCUCUUUGACUCUUUAGAUGGACAAUUACAUUUUUUUUCACUAUUGGGGCUACAGACAAGCUACUUACAAGUACCUUUACUCUUUUGUUAUCGGUGCUACUUAACUGUGCUAGCAGUUAUAUAGCAGAUUUCUAUGUGACCGUUUCCUUUUGAACAGAAAAAUUAAGCCAUUGCUGGUGAGCAAGGAAGAUCCAUUUAAGGUGAAAUUAUUGUAAAGGAAAUAGUACAUCAAUCUGUGUCCUCCUUACACUGUGGUCAAAGAAGUGUCUAUUGAGAAUCACUCAGACCGUAAUUCUAGUAACGCUGUGAAACACGCUAACUAUAUCUGAAGGCUAAACUACAGGGGGAUUUUUAGAAGCUUAAAGGGGUUGUCCUGUCUUUAAAAAUUUUAUUUAUCUGUUAGACCAUGAGUCUGAGGAGAUCAUGUGUCUCCUUGGGGGAGACUGCAAAGUCAUCAAAGAGAGCCCUAAAGGCCAGACAAUGCUCUCUUGAGGAAAAAUAUGCAACAUAGGUAGAACCUCUACCGUCUACUAUAGGAAGCUACCUUAAAUAUUUGGCACUGAUAUUUGUCUUUUCCAUGCUUACUAAAACAAAAGAGACACAGCGCUCCAUAGUGUGAUAACGUCAGGAACAGCAUCCUGCUGCCUGAUGAAGUGGAUGUCCCGCGAAACACGUUGCAUUAUGGGUAAUAAAGUUCCUUUGUUCUAAGAACGCCUGUUAGAUCCUGCUGAUUCCUCCUGAGGUGUGUUCUUUUCCAUGUUUAGUCCAAUGCCAACCCAGACAUACACUUUUUAUUUUGUCGGACAACCCCUAUAAUGACUGCAAGCAGAGAUAUUAAAAAGAAACAUGAGGCAAAAGGAAACAUGAGGUUACAUGGAAAGUUUCUUUAUUGUGCUAUGAGAACAUGUAAAACAAGGGGAAGUACAGUAACAUGAAAAUUGUUACUUGCUAGAUAUUUUGAUACAAAUGUAUUUAAUGCAAUAUCACCAAGCAUGAAGGUCAACAUCUAUCUAGGCAAAAUAAAUCUGUUAUGUUAUGGUUUGUACAUAUAUAGUGAACGCACUGUACUGUAUAUAUUUGCAUAAAUUAAUUUCACUGUUGUGCUCAAAUAUGGAGCACUGUAUGCACUGAUACUGCUGCUUUUAGAAAGUGUAUCUAUCACAAGGCACAACUUUUUCAUGCCCUAUUAAACAGGGGCUGAUAUUGACCUAAAAAAAUGACUGGCCAUUGGCUCAUGUAUUAGGGCCACAAGAUCUAAAGAUCAUACCAUGUAAUAGGCUUGGGCCAUGUAGUACAGUUCUUACUUAAUUUCUCGAAGAUGCCCUGUUAAAAAGAAAUUAUUACGUGCAACUGUACCCAGAAAGAAGUGCCCGCAUAAGAAAUCGGCAGCAUGUGACUGAAGUAUGAAAGGAAAUGGCCACUCGAUGUUGUAAGUGAAAUCAGCCAAUUAGUGCUUUAUUUAGGCCAAAUGCAGCUGAAUGCUCAUGUGGCCAAACAUGAAAGGAGCCAUAUUAUGACCUUCUUUUUGCCAGUAAGAACUGUCGAGAGGAGUCCUUGUCUGCAUUAGCCUAAAAAGAUGAUACAUUUUCUAUAUCUUAUAGGUGUCCUAACAUAAAGCAUAUAAUCUUGUGAUAGAUGUUCUUUAUACUACGAGGUAAAACAACUACAAUAGCAAGUUAACAGUUUAAGUAUUCUGUAGUCUUCUGCAAUGUUUAUUAAAUUAGAGCUUUACCUACAAAUGCUAUAUAUUAUGACAAAAUGACAGUAUCAGAGAAUCUUAUGGUGGUUUGCAUGCUACAAUUUGUCAUGUUACAUUAUCAUUCUAAUCUCAUCAGUUGCCUGUAACAAAUGCUUUUAGUUUCAUUUAAUCUGACAUGUAAAGGAAGUGAGUGUCAUCUGACCGAAUUGUGGUGGACACCAUGUGUAAACAGUGGUCUUUAUCAUCAACAUAGAAAUGAGUAGUGUCCUGGUAUCAGACUACAAUCAGUAUUAUAAAUAGAUGCAACCUAAUUCAUUCCUACAGACACACUUAAUACACAUCUCACAUUCUUUCUAGGUCAAACUUUCUGCCACCUUGAUAGCGGGACUAGUGCAGCUGGCAGGGGAAUUCUUGACAUCAAAACCAGAACUUUGACAGCCCCCAUUAAGGUCUAAGGUGUCUGGCAAAACUUACCAGUAUCUGUUUAAAAAUGGAUCGAGCAUAGUUGUCAUGACUCCAUGAUAAACGAGCUAUGACAGUGAUGUGAACAGAGCCUUGAUGAAGUUAGGCCAUAAGUUAGGUGCACACCCAGUAUUUUAUCCCCCUUUUUGGUCAGUAUUAUUACCAAAACCAGAAGAAAAUAACACAAAAAAUAUAAUUGAAAGGUUGGCACCUUUAUCUGUGGUUUGGACCCACUGCUGGUUAUGGUAAAAAAAAAAAAAAAAGACCAAAAUGAGGGCCAAAAAUACUGUGUGUAUAUAUAGCCUCAUAGUCAGAAUUCCAGUGGUUUUUGUUAGCUAUAAAUGUGACCUCUGCACCACAAGGUCAAGUUUAGAAGCAGAAAUGAGUGUCACAAUUCAGGUUUUCAAAUCAAUAUUAGGAAUGACACAACAAAGAAGCAAGAAGAAAUUGCUUGUAAAUUAAUGUUCCAGUUCAAGCCAUGUUCACACACAGUUUUCAGUCUUGUUUAUCCUCAAAAAAGAAUUACAUUUUUGGCAGCCAUCUUUUUCUAAAUAAGCAACUAUUAAAUAAUACAAUGUGUGCAUUGAACAUAUUAAAGGGGUACUCCAGUGGAAAACAUUUUUUUUUAUCAACUGGUGCCAGAAAGUUAAACAGAUUUGUAAAUUACUUCUAUA